UCGUCAGGUCAUGUGGUACAAUCCUCUGUGAUUGUAUGCGUAGAAUUGCAUAUGCCUGUGCAGGUUUUGGUUCAAGAGGAUCAGGUUGCUUGUGUAGUGCAAAGGGAUGGAGUCGACUCGGCUGACUACCGUAAAGGCUGUGUCGGCAGGAGCCUUGUUCAUCGUGGCGUUGAGUGGCGCUGCUUUGUCAAAGUGUGUGGCGAAUUUCUCUCCGAAGAUCGUUCGAGUUUCCAAUGCCCUGGCUGGUGGAAUCCUCUUGGCUGUUACCUUGGUUCAUAUGCUCGCUGAUGCCAGUGACCAGAUGGAGGAACCGGGAGUUGCCAUGGCAGUCUUCUUGAGUGGAAACAAGUCGGCCGAAGCGUUUCCAUUGGGAUAUGUUCUGCUGGGUAUUGGUUUCCUCACCAUUCUCUCAGUGGAAGUCUUUUUGCUAGAAAAAGAAUCUGAAGCUCAUGUGAUGGAGGACUCCGGUUCAGAGAAUGAGUCAAAUGCGGAUGAGCAGCCUCGAGCCGUCCUACCAGGGAAGUCCCUCACAGCAGGUAUGUCGGCUCUCGUAGGCCUAUGUCUGCAUUCCUUCAUUGCGGGAACUGCCACUGGAGCUGCAGAUGAUAUGUCCGAAUUCUCUGAAGUCUUGAUUGCAGUCAUUGCGCACAAACUGUUUGCCGCCUUCUCUGCUGGAUCUUUGCUGCUGGACACGGUAUCUGUGAGAGCCUGGUGGACAUUGUUGAUUCUUCUUUCCUUGAUGACUCCAUUGGGCAUAGGACUUGGUACUUUCCUCGCAAGCAGCUUUGAGGGAGCCGGUGCUGCGGCCUUGAUUUGCUUUGCUGCGGGCAGUUUGUUGUGUGUUGCCGUGUAUCAUAUGCUACUGCCUUCAUUGAUUCUUGGAAAGGGCAACUGGAAGAAGCGAAGUUUCCUGGCAUCUUUCUUUGGAUUCUGUAGCAUGUCCCUCCUGGCUGUUUGGUCGUGAGAUCAUGUGAGAUCAUGUGAGAUCAUCGAUCUGCCGGAGAACUAGGUGAUGUAGAGGGGUGGUGUUGUCGCCAUGUGGCACGAUUGCACGACCGCUCCGCUCUCAAAGGGCGACAAAAUGAGGAGACCGACUCC